AUGACAGGAGACUGGGACUCACCAGAACCAUUGUGGUAUCUUGCGUCCCCGGCGGAGGGGUCUGUGCGUCGUGAACGAUCUGUGGUCGAGUGGUUGAGUGUGUUAAUUGCUGGGAAGCGAAUGUGUGUGUGUGAGUGUAUAGUAGGCAACGUUCUGGAAAGUCGAAGUAGGUCUCGUGUGGGCGAGGCGGUUGGCGCACAAUUGAGACAGCAAGUGGUGCUUCUCGCGUCGCAGGUGCGAGUCAAACAGUUGGGCAGAAGGGAGGUACCGUCUAGAGAAGAUGGGAACACACAGGAGAGAUGGGAGAAACAGCAACCGAUGCUUACGAUGCUAGAACUAAGUAGAAGGGCUCGGACGUUAAACGGAUCAAUAGUGGCUACAAGGCAGAUGCAGUCGGAAAGCGUUGACGCUGAUGGAUGCGAGAAGGGACGUGUAAAACUUUGCACAGCCCCAGAAACGGCUAUUUGGAAUCUUGCAACAUGGGGCGCUGGAGCGUGCCAAUGCAACGACCGGAUCGCGGGUGGACGAGAUGUCAAUGCUACGGAGUCGACGACGAGACUGCGACGACGGAAGCACGCCGGCGGGGACGCGGGAGUCGGAGGACGGCGGGAUGGAUGGGCGGACGACCGCGGAGCAAGAUGGAGAUAG